AUUUUGCAUCAUUGCGCCUAUAUCGAUAUCGAUAGGAAACUUGCGGCAGGAUAACGAAAGAGAAAAUUCAGUCAUCAGUGCGCCGUGGCUCCAUCUCCAUCGAAUUGGCAAUGAAAAUGUCCACGCGCCAGUUCUUCAGCAAGUACACAAAUUUCCACAAAAAUCACAUCAAAUUGGUUGCUGUUUAUAUGAAAACGGCAAAUCUAAUGCAAAUCUUGAAUGUGCUGAAGCGUUCGCUUUAAGCAGGAGCAGGCCGUCGCCCUGCUCUGCCGGACUGUCGCUCCUGUCCUUCGUGUUGCCCCGUUGCCUCCCCCACUCCCUUCCUUCCUCAUCCAAUAACAAAUAUCGGGCUGUGCGUGUGUGUUUUUGUGUGUGUAAGUGUAUUACAUAGUGCUAUUAAAAUUGAGAAUCCCAUUAUGUUAAUACUAUAAGACCGUAAAAAGCAGAGUUUAAAGAAAAACCAUAAAUCAAGAAUAUCAGAGAGUUGAACAUAACUGAUAAAUUACCGGCUUAGGAAACCUAGAAAUAUUUUAAUAAAUAUAUGUAUAUUAGGUGUGUCUGUGAGAAACUCUAAAAUAUUAACGAAACUAAGCGAACAAGAAGGAGGCUUUAAGGAGUAACCAAGAACCUAUGCCUAUGCCUAUGGAGUAGCCCAAUUGAGCCACGAAG